CGCUGCUUCCAGGAACUUCUUGAGGGCCAACGAUACCCAGGUGACAGACUCAGAGCCACACGCAGCAAACAUGCUUGACAGUCUUGUUACUUUGGUUGGAGCAGGAAUUGGAGCAGGCGUGGCAUUCGUUGGAAUCCCAGUAGUAGUCGGGGCAGUCGGCUUUACUGGAGCAGGCAUUGCAGCUGGGUCCAUUGCUGCCAAGAUGAUGUCCGCAGCAGCCAUAGCCAAUGGAGGAGGGGUAGCCGCUGGGAGUGCUGUGGCAACCCUGCAAUCCAUUGGUGCUGCAGGCCUCCCUGUAGCUGCCAAAGCUGUGAUGGUAGGUGUUGGGGCAGCAGCCAGUGCCUUAUUCUGAAAGCUCCAACGGCUCCUUUAUGCUCUGGAAGACGCACUGACUCGUCUGCUGGCAGUUUCUCAAUGGCACCAUCAGGCUUAUGCAUCAAGUAGCAAGUUAGAGAAAUGGCUCUGUAGCUGAAUGCAAAAACAAGUGGCCUGUAGAAACAGCUCCCGCACAUUUGUCGCUUGUUCUACCUUCUCCACAACAGACGUCAAGUUCUGUUGGGAUUAUGGCUGAAUUAUUGCUGUUGGCUGAAAUGUGAGAAAUCAAUAAACUUUUGCAAAUUUAAA